AUGCCACAACCGAAAGUUCAACGGACUCCUCUCUCUCUCUCUCUCUCUCUCUCUCUCUCUCUCCGUUCCUCUCUCUCUCUCUCUCUCUCACUCCCUUUCUCUCUCUCUCACUCUCCCUUUCUCUCUCUCACUCUCCCUUUCUCUCUCUCCCUUUCUCUCUCCCUUUCUCUUUCUCUCUCUCACUCUCCCUUUCUCUCUCUCUCCCUUUCUCUCUCUCACUCUCCCUUUCUCUCUCUCUCAAUUUCCAUUUCUCUCUUUCCCUUUCUCUCUCUCUCUCUCUCUCACUUUCCCUUUCUCUCUCUCACUCUCCCUUUCUCUCUCUCACUCUCCCUUUCUCUCUCUCUUUCCCUUUCUCUCUCUCCCUUUCUCUCUCUCUCACUUUCCCUUUCUCACUCUCCCUUUCUCUCUCUCUCACUCUCCCUUUCUCUCUCUCUUUCCCUUUCUCUCUCUCUCCCUUUCUCUCUCUCUCCUUUCUCUCUCUCUCCCUUUCUCUCUCUCCUUUUAUCUCUCUCACUCUCCCUUUCUCUGUCUCUCAAUUUCCAUUUCUCUCUCUCCCUUUCUCUCUCUCUCUCUCACUUUCCCUUUCUCUCUCUCACUCUCCUUUUCUCUCUCUCUCACUUUCCCUUUCUCUCUCUCCCUUUCUCUCUUUCUGUCUCUCUCUCUCUCUCUCCUACUCUACCUCUUCUAUCUGAGUCUAUACAUAUCUAUCUGUCUAUUUAUCUGAGUCUAUACAUAUCUGUCUGUCUAUCUAUCUAUCUGAGUCUAUACAUAUCUAUCUUCUAUACAUAUCUAUCUGUCUAUCUAUAUCUCUCUAUCUCUCUCUCUCUCUCUCUCUUUCUCUCUAUCUAUCUAUCUAUCUAUCUAACUGAGUCUAUAUAUAUCUAUCUGUCUAUCUAUCCGAGUCAAUACAUAUCUGCCUAUCUGAGUCUAUACAUAUCUGCCUAUCUUAGUCUAUACAUAUCUAUCUGUCUGUCUAUCUAUCUAUCUAUCCCAACAUUCUCAGCAUUUCUUGUUUGUUUUCCACCCCCCCCCCCACUAUCUACAGAAAUAUUUUGCUUGUUAGGCCAAAAAAUGGAGGUAAACCCACCGACUACAAGUGCAACAGUUACCAAUUCUGUGGCGGUUCCGGCCGAAGUGGCAGCCCCAGAGGCCAAAGUUGAUUCACCUCCACCCGUUGUAAAAGCGGCUCCGUCACAACCUAUUCCAAAUGGAAUCAAAUUCUUAUUCGGUGGUCUGGCCGGAAUGGCAGCAACGUGUUUCGUUCAACCUUUGGAUUUGGUUAAGAAUCGAAUGCAGCUUAGUGGUGAAGGGGGAAAGGCACGAGAGCACAAAACCAGUUUCCAUGCAAUCCAGAGUAUCUUGAGGAAAGAGGGAAUUACAGGCAUGUACACUGGGUUAUCUGCUGGGCUUCUUCGUCAAGCAACUUACACUACAACUCGUCUUGGGGUCUACACAGCACUUUUCGACAAAUUUUCAAAGGAUGGCAAACCACCAAAUUUUUUCACCAAAGCAGCAAUUGGAAUGGCAGCUGGAGGAAUUGGUGCUUUUGUUGGUACCCCUGCCGAAAUUUCCCUCAUUCGAAUGACCUCAGAUGGACGCCUGCCACCUGAACAACAAAGAGGUUAUACCAAUGUCUUCAAUGCUCUCUUUAGAAUUACAAAAGAAGAAGGUGUAGUGACUUUGUGGAGGGGUUGCAUCCCGACUGUGGCUCGAGCAAUGGUGGUCAACGCUGCCCAGCUAGCAUCCUACUCUCAAGCUAAACAAUUUUUGUUAUCAACAUCUUAUUUCUCCGACAAUAUUAUGUGUCACUUCGGAGCCAGUAUGAUAAGUGGCUUAGUCACCACAGCUGCCUCAAUGCCAGUUGAUAUUGCAAAAACAAGGAUUCAAAAUAUGAAAGUUAUUGAUGGUGUUCCUGAAUACAAAGGUGCAUUUGAUGUUUUGUACAAAGUGAUUCGGGGUGAAGGCUUCUUCAGUCUGUGGAAGGGAUUCACACCAUAUUAUGCUCGUCUUGGACCACACACAGUUCUAACGUUCAUUUUCCUUGAACAGAUGAACAAGAAUUACCGUUUAUAUGUCAUGAACGACACCAGUGGACGAGGAGGGUUGUAG